GCAGCAGCGAAGCUGCACAGUCGACAUGGCAGAAAAUAUCGCAACAGUUUCGUACAGAAAGAUGAAAUACUUCCAAGUCCUUUGGAAUAAUAUUCAUCACGAGAUGUGAUCCAACAUCCACAAUGCGUGAGGACAUUUAAGAACGAUUGAGUUCAGAAAAAAAUCUCGAUUCCAGUGGAAUCUUCCAUAUAUCUAUAUAUAUAUAAUUAUUAUAUUUUUCUUUGUGUUAAAUCUUACCUUUUUACACACCCAUCCCACCAACAUAUAACCAUGCCAGUGCAAGCGCCACAAUGGACAGAGUUUCUGCUGUGCCCAAUCUGCACACAGACAUUUGAAGAGACUGUUCGUCGGCCCAUCAGCUUGGGCUGCGGACAUACUGUCUGCAAGAUGUGCCUGAACAAGUUGCACCGCAAGGCCUGUCCCUUUGACCAGACAGCCAUCAGCACAGAUAUUGAGCAGUUACCUGUCAACACAGCUCUGUUGCAGCUGGUGGGAGGCCAGGUUCCUAAGGCUCAGCCAGUUGCCUUGAUCACCAGUCCAGAAGACACACAGAAUUAUGAGGUGGCAAGGCAGUGUGUGGAGGAACUGGCCCUCUACCUCAAACCCCUCAGCAACACAAGAGGUGUGGGUCUGAGCAGCACAACCCAAAGCAUGCUGAGUCGACCCAUGCAGAGGAAGCUGGUGACUCUGGUUCACUGCCAGCUUGUGGAAGAAGAGGGUCGCGUUAGAGCCAUGAGGGCUGCCCGCUCUCUUGGUGAGCGAACUGUCACCGAGCUCAUCUUGCAACACCAGAAUCCUCAGCAGCUCUCCUCCAAUCUGUGGGCUGCAGUUCGUGCACGAGGUUGUCAGUUUCUUGGCCCAGCAAUGCAGGAGGAAGCUCUAAAAUUGGUCCUUCUUGCUUUAGAAGAUGGCUCUGCUUUGUCCAGGAAGGUGUUAGUUCUCUUUGUAGUCCAGAGGCUUGAGCCACGCUUUCCCCAGGCCUCCAAAACAAGCAUAGGCCACGUGGUACAGCUCCUUUAUAGGGCUUCCUGCUUUAAGGUUACCAAACGUGAUGAAGAUUCAUCUCUGAUGCAGCUGAAAGAAGAGUUUCGUACUUAUGAAGCUCUGCGACGUGAGCACGACUCUCAGAUUGUUCAAAUUGCCAUGGAGGGUGGAUUGCGCAUUGCCCCUGACCAAUGGUCCUCUCUGUUGUAUGGCGAUCAGUCUCACAAGUCACACAUGCAGUCUAUCAUAGAUAAGCUGCAGACCCCAGCAUCUUUUGCGCAAAGUGUCCAAGAGCUGACAAUUGCGCUGCAGAGGACAGGAGACCCUGCCAACCUCAACAGGCUGCGGCCCCACUUGGAACUACUUGCAAACAUUGAUCCCAGUCCUGAUGCUCCACCUCCUACAUGGGAGCAGCUUGAGAAGGGGUUGGUGGCAGUGAAAACAGUGGUACAUGGCCUGGUCGAUUUCAUCCAGAACCACAGCAAGAAAGGAGCUGAUCCACAACAACCUCCUCAGCACAGUAAAUACAAGACAUACAUGUGUCGUGACAUGAAGCAAAAGGGUGGAUGUCCCCGCGGAGCCAGCUGCACUUUUGCCCACUCUCAGGAAGAAUUGGAAAAGUAUCGUAAAAUGAACAAGCGUGCGAUAACUCGAUCAGGGGGACUUUUACCAGAUGACAACCUUCCUCUUGAUGUAGCAGUGACCCGAAAGAUUUCACCCRUUGCCAAUGGUGGCGUUGCACCCAAUUUGCCCCAACUUGUUGCUCGAGGCACCGACGCAGUUCCCUAUGAGAUCAUUCGUAAACCCGUGAAGAUGGACGGAGGAAGUUCAAGCGUCCCAGGAUCACCACCUGAUGUCCUGGACCCCAUGUCUAAACCUGGUAUGGCUCUACCACCUCAUGCAAUGGCCCACCCAAGGAUCCCAGCAGAUCACAUAGGAGUGAAGCAUAUGUCUGUGGUAGCCAGGGGUUCACCAGUAUAUCCACAACCACAACUCCCUGAUAUAUGCUAUGAAACUCGCCCCCCACCUGCCUCUCARUAUGAACCCACUCAGUACCCAACAGGUUACUCCUAUCAACAGGCACCACAAUAUGUUCCUCGAGAUGCAUACAUCCGUAACCCUCUUCCCCCAAGUGAAUCAGGACCCCCCUACCAUGACCCUUACAGUGGCUAUGGUCCUCCAGAACGAGCCUACCCAGCCCCUCAUGCUGGCCCACCUUUUUCUUAUCCUCACCCACCUCAUUACGACAGAAGUCGCCCUGGAACCUACAGUGGCCCACCACCCCCAUCUGUGAAAUUAAAUCCUGCAUCUCUGGAUGUUCCUCCACCAUCAGCAGGGCAGGCUAACUCGAUGUAUCACCCAGAGCCUAGUGUCCGGGACCGAUACCCACCCGAAGGCUACUAUCAGCCAGGCGCCCAACCUCCACCUAUGAGGACUUAUGUCAGGGGUCCWACAUACAGUAGUUCACAGCACAGCCUGGACUACUUGCAUCGACGUCGGCAGGAGCUGAUAUCACAACUUGAGGAAAGGAAGGUGAUCUCCCCGCCACCAUUCGCGGCCUCCCCCACUCUUUCGCAUCCCUUCCCCAAUGAUUACCCCAAUGAGUAUGGAGAUGAAAGCUCCAAAACUAUGAUGAAAUGCAGAGAGCCAGACUAUGCAGGGCAGUACUCUCCUUGGUCUUGUGAGACCAUUGGCUCAUAUAUUGGCACAAAGGAUGCUAAACCCAAAGAUGUUAUGGUUCCCGGUACCAUGGAGAUGAUGAAUGUGGAGGCUAAAGGCCUGAGGGAACCAUCACUGGAAGCUCCUCGGAGAAGUGCAGAAGUAAAGGAUGAUGACCCUAUUAUACCGUUUGGUCCCCAGCCCACUGUGUCACGCUUUGGUGCCAUCUCCCGCACUUCAAAAACAGGCUAUCACACUACUGGCCCUGUGCAAGCUAUGGCCUCCACUCCCCAGAACCCCAACUCUAAACACAUGGCCUUGCAAGAAUACUCGUACGGAAGUCAUGGAGGUUGGAGUGGAGCUUCAUACCCCGCCCAUCCAACUGCCUCUUCCUCUCAGGGACACUUUAUUGAGCGCCUGCCCAUGGCAGCUCCAGACAGAGAACAGUUGAAGAUUGAGCUGCAGCAGGUCAACCAGCAGAUCAAUCAGCAGACCCAGAUACACAACAUGGAGGCUGCCAGUAACUCUUUACUCCUGCAGAGAGAGGCUAGUGCAUUGGCAGGUCAACCUGUGCAUGCCAGCCAGGGCCAGUCAGCUGUGGCCCCACAGCAGCAACAGCCCAAAUGGCCAGCAGGGGGUGCAAGUGCAUCAGCUGUCUCCAGUGAACAGCUGAGCUUGGAGCUCCACCAGGUGGAGAGAGAAAUUGGCAAGAGGACUCGUGAGAUGGCUUUGCAGGAAAGCCAAGUAGCUCAUGAUGUUCAGCAGUACAAAAUGAAGCCUGUAGAGAAUGGACAACCAGAGCACCAAACUCAGCUGGAAGAAAUCUCUUUAGCUCUUGGUGAGGUUUCCAAUGGUUCCAGCAGUCUGCAGGAAAGUGCAGUGGGUGGGUCCAUGCUGUCACUGACAAACAAGGCGUCGGCAUUGAGCUUGUGUUCUGAUUCAGGUGCUGCUGGGUCAGAGAUGCAAAAGAAUGGCGUUGUCCAUUCCUGCUCUUAGAAAGUACACACAUACAUAUUUUGCACCCACACACGACGCUCAGUUGAAAAGCAUGCGCAGUCACCAAUACACCAGUUCUAUUUAGAAGAUGAGCAGUAUCUGCCGUGAUGAAUUUUCUUUCUUUUUGUUCUGUGAAUGAGCUUUUUUUUAAAUGACUUUCCUUGCCUGGAAACCAGAGCAUAUAACAUUUUUUUGUGCAUGUUCCUAUUUCUUAAUUUGUUUUUGUUUUAUUUUUUCUAUUUGGAUUUAAUUAACAAGGCUCACAAUGGAAAUAUCAGGAAGAAAAAAGAUGGUGGUGAUGUCGACAGUGUUUUUUUACAUUGACUCAAACAAGACAGAGUUCCAUUUUCAGUUGAAGCAGUAGAGGGAAAUAUAGAUUCUCCCUUUUCGAUCUUUGGUUUCGUCGUAGACUCAAACAUGUAAAUGAACGGUUAGAUACAAAUGUUACGUUAUACACAGUCAUAGCACAUACUCUUUGAAGAGCUUUGCUUAAAGCCUUGUGAUUUGUGACUUCAUUGUAGGAAAGAGCUUGGUACUCACCCCCCAAAAUCUUAACAAAAAGUUGCCCAGAUGUAGAUGCCUGAGGAGGGAAACAGUUCAAACUCCACGUGGAAUCAGCCAAAUUAAACAUAUAAAGUGUUUUACAAAAAAUAUGUUGCACCCCAUGCAUUUCCCUGUCAGCCACAGGAAGUAUCAUUUUUAUUAUCGCAUUUUAUGAAUACAUGUCUGUUUCAUACUUGAAAGCAGUAUAUAUUUAAUUAAAGCAUUCUGUUUUAAGGAUUGCAUCAACCUUUUUUUAGAUAUAUAUAAAGACCUUUUUUUGUUUUUGAUUUUUUUAUAAGGGAAUAUUGGGUGCUUGUCUUGGUUGUGGAAUGACCUUCCGGUGGUUUUGUUUCUGCUGCCUUUUGUUUGAGCUCCAGGGUGCAUUUAGCUCCAGCCAGUUUAUAAUAGCCUCAAAAGUACUUUUUGAGGGACUGCAUAAUACCGGGCUGAGAGCACAUCUUUGUGCUUUAGGAGUCAUGUAAAUGAAUGUUCAUUUUAUACCAUCAGGGCAGUAAAAUAUAAAGAAUUUCCCUCCUCAGAGCUUCUAAUCUGGCCACACAAAGGCCUCCCCAUUGGGAUUAUCUUGUCAUUUGUUCUCAUAACUUCUAUGAAGUUGCCUUCCCUUGUGUUGUGUUUUGUUUUGUUUGCAUUUUUUUGUGCUUUACAUUGUUAUGAUUUUGGGUGGUGAUGCUUACCUUGUGAGAGCUUUAUAAAACAUCACUGCGAUGUGUCAUGCUUUCUAAUUCUGAAAUAGCUGUGUUUUGUGCUAAAAAAUAAUAAAAAAAUAUCUCCCACAAGCCUUCAGUUCACUAUUAAAAGCUGAGUGUGGCUUCAGUUUUAGCUGCUCAGUUAAUUUAAUUUAAAAUCGUGUUUACAGCUUAAUACAUGGAGCUAAAUUGGGGCCAUAAAGUUUGUAAAAAAAAUCAUAUUAAAUUAAACAAACUGAAAACAAUGGAAAUUGAAAAAAUAAGGUGUGAGGAUUUGAAACCGGGAAAAAACAAACCAAAAUAAAAACUCUUAAAGACUAUUUCUCAGAUCCUGUUUUUUAUUUUCAUUUCAGAUUUUAUGAAUCUGUGAUUGUCAGUAUCAUUAUUUCCACUGAGAUUUGUGUCGUAUGUUGACAUAAGCAGCUUAUUCUUCCCACAGUUCCUGAAUGCAACAGCUGGGGAUAUUUUGUCCAGCUGCUGUGUUGAGCUGUCAGUCAAGAUUYAACACCCCCUGUCAUCUGAGGCCCCGCCCUCACGCCAAAACAGAGCCAGUAGAUUGAAACUGAAAAAAAAGAAGAGGAAGAAAAAAAAAAUCUGAAACUGAAUCAAAAACCCUAGCAUCUGACAAGGAGUUUUGAACUUUUUUUUUUCUAAGUUCAAUUUUGAUUUCAGUUUAAAUUAUUUUUUAACAAACUUUAUGACCCCAAUUUUAGCUCCACAUUAAAACAUCAAAUCGAGUUACUGAGAUGUAAGCAGAAAUGCAUCAAAACCUGCAGCCCUGACAUCAUAUUUGAUGUGCUUGUUCAAACUGUACUCACUGUAUUUAUGAAGACUGGCAGAGAAGUCAGUUUGAUCAGUUUUGUUGUUCUGUAUAACACUGUCUUCAUCACCAUCAUUCCUAUUAGAACACCAUUCUAUAAAUUGUUUACGUCUGAUGCUCAGCAGCUCUUUGCCUUCUGUAAACAAUUAGAAUAACUGACAGCAGUUUUAAAGUUUCACUCACAGUGGGUUCUUGUGCUUGAACGGUUAAAGGAUAAAGACUCUUUGGGUCAAAUUUAGUUCAUUGUUGAGCCUUCAUUUUAGGACAAGGGAUACUGAAAAACAUCCACUUUGGCAAAUCCCUUAUUACUGAUCAAUUAAGUAGAUACAAAUACUUUUGUGUCUGACAUCCACUUCUAAUUUCUUGCCGCCAUAUUCAUUCAUUUUACUGUUUCCAUGUUGGUCUCCAACCACACUUAAAGCCUCAGGCUGCUCCUUGCUACAUUUAUUGUUUAGGUACACAGCUCAUUUAUACAUAUGAGUAUGUAUACAUCCAUUAAUAUACUAAAGCACUAUUAAUGUGCCACCUUUUACUCUACUUGCUCAGCAUUUAUAUUAAAUGAUCUCUACUUAGAAUCAGCAAAAUGUUUUUGUUUUCUUUGUUCUGUCCACUGGUUGCCAACACAGACUUUAUCCUUUCCCAGAUGAAGGACCUCUGUGUGCAUUGAUGUGUUUUCACUUAAUCUUUUGUGUUCAAACAAAGAUUUUCUUUAUAGAUUAUGCUUCCGAAGAAGACAAAAUCUGUAACUUUGAAAAAUUUAUAUGGAGAUGUUUUGUGUGCACGCUAGAUUGUAUUGUAGGUUAUGUACCCUGAGUUAAGUUUUAUUUUAAGAUUUUCCUCUUUUUUUUGUUACCCCCCCAUAAAUUAUGCUGUAUAGGGCAGAAGUGUUGAGGUUUUAGAACAGAUUUAGCGCUUUUGCCCAUGACUGCCCCAAAGAGAAACACCAGGAAGUCUCUUAUGAAAAGUUAGCCUUAAUUAUAUCUGUAAUACUCCUUUACAUUAUUUAGUUUAAAGAACAUGAGCUCUCUUAAAGUAAACCACAAUUAAUAUCUAAUUUUCAUAUUUACGAGUCAUACAAGUGGGCUCUAUUAAUUCAUACUUUAAAACACCAACAAUAUAGUUUUUUACUCUUUAUGUUCACAUAGUUUUCACAGUAGUUAAGUACAUUUACUGACCUACAGAUAUUCAAUUUUUGAUAUGAGGGUCAACAACGUUAGGUGUCCUCAAGUAAUUUUUACACCCCCUGCCCCUCUUUUGACAUAUAUUUAUGCUAAAUACAAUGAUGAGAUGAUGGCUUAAAAUACUCAAAGCAAAGUUUAAAAGAGGGAAUGAGGUGUUGCUACACGUUUCAGCUUUUUCCACAUUUUGUAUUUGAGUCAACCGAAAGUACCAAAACACUGAUUCUGCAGGUCUAAUUGAGCCCGAACCACAUUUUGGCUUGACAAAACUUUUGUAUGAUAAUGUAUGGGGGGAGUUUACAUUUAAGUGAAAAGCGGAAAUGUUUUUUUUUUUUCUUCUUCUUUUUUAUUUUUAGUCCUGUGUGUUUUGUUUUUUGAGUGGAACUGCUACCUACAGCCCUUGUUGAUGGUAAAAUGUCCAUCUACAACCUUGACCACUGACCUCUGUUACUGCUGUUUGAGGCUCAACAUUUUAUUCUCAGACUUUCUGGGGAAAUUUGCAAAUGGCUUUUUUAUAUUAUUACUCCCUUGUAAAAUAUCUCUUAAAUUAAGGUACAGGUUUGAUUUCAGCAAGAAAAAAAAGGUUUUUAUAUGUAUAUUAUACUCCAUUAAGGAAUGUCUAGAAUUAUCUUCCUCCAAUGUGGAUGUAGCCAUUAUUACGCCAUUUUAUGACUUUGUAAAAGAAUUCACUGUGUGAAAAUUGGUUUGCAUUUUUGUAUAAUACAAUCUGCUUUUUCUUUAUCUUUUUUUUUUCGUUUGUUGUUUGAUACGAAAGAGAGGGAGAAAGGUCAAACUGGAAGUUUGAAGAGAGGAAAUCCUGUGAAAUUGAGAAAACAAAAUGUAACUUAUGUGCAACAGUGAUUCUAAGCUGGGGGGAAAUUAAAUGAUAUUGCUAACUGA